CUUCAUCCCACCAGAAUCCCAACUCUUCGCCUCUUCCUCUUAAUUCUAUCAUCACAGCACAAAUCCUGACCGAAGUCACAAGCACCAUGGCCGACAUUCCCAAGGGACGCAAUGUCACCGCUCCAACCCCCCAAAACACACCCGCGUCAAAUGCGCCCAUCUCUUCCCACGCUCAAGCACCAACGAUAGGUGACAUCCCUGAAGGUGGGCACAUUUCUUGAAAGUCGAGGCCUUGGGUGGGUUUUAAGUUGACCGCUCUCAGAGGAUCUUGACCGCACUGCCGCAAGCAUAUUUGCUUCGAACCCUGCACUCGUCUCCCUCAUGCAGAAUAAGCUCUCCACGCUUGUCGGCCGUUCGUCUGGAUACAUCGAGUCCUUACCCCCCGUAGUUCGCCGCCGAGUCACCGGCCUGAAAGGCAUCCAGAAAGACCACGCGAAGUUGGAGGCCGAGUUCCAAGAAGAAGUCCUACAGCUCGAGAAGAAGUAUUUUGCCAAAUUCACACCAUUGUACGAGAAGCGAGCAGCCAUCGUCAAUGGAGAGACCGAGCCUACCGAGGAUGAGGUGACCGCCGGCAAGUCGGAGGAGGACGAGGAAGAAGAGGCCGAGCAAGAAGAGGAAAAGGAACAACCCGCGGCUCCCGCUGAAGCCAUGAAGGGUAUCCCAGAAUUCUGGCUCUCAGCGAUGAAGAACCAGAUUUCUCUUGCCGAGCUCAUCACCGAUCGUGACGAGGAAGCUCUUCGAUCAUUGACAGACAUCCGGAUGGAAUAUCUCGACCGACCCGGAUUCCGCCUGAUCUUCGAAUUUGCUCCCAAUGACUUCUUCACGAACAAGACCAUCACCAAGACGUACUUCUACCGAGAGGAGAGUGGCUACGGAGGUGACUUCAUCUACGAUCACGCCGAAGGCGACAACAUCGACUGGAAGGCUGGUAAGGACCUUACCGUCCGUGUUGAGAGCAAGAAGCAGAGAAACAAGAACACCAAGCAGACUCGAGUCAUCAAGAAGACCGUGCCUACCGAGUCCUUUUUCAACUUCUUUGCCCCUCCUGCAGCCCCCUCCGAUGAAGACGAGGUCGCAUCCGACAUUGAAGAGAGACUUGAGCUUGACUACCAGCUCGGUGAGGACAUCAAAGAGAAGCUCAUUCCCCGGGCGAUCGACUGGUUCACUGGCGAGGCACUGGCAUUCGAAGAGUUUGACGAUGCCGAGGAUGCCGAGUUCGACGACGAGGAUGACGAAGAUGAUGAAGACGAGGAAGAAGCCGAGUCUGAUGAGGAAGAUGAAGAGGAGGGCGGAAAACCCCGAUCUCAACAAGCCUCAGAGUGCAAGAAUCAGUAGAAGGGAGUAAUACGGGAAUAAGUCAUGGAUUCAACUCGUUGAUCCCUUGUCGGGUUGCGUGGGAAAGCAGUAGCACUUGGGGCAAGACAUGAUUGUUUUUUUCAUUUUGCAGACACAGACCCUCUACUGGCCCGCUUCGAGCAUACUGGGCGUUUGACAUGCUGGGGAUGAGUGAUCCCAUAAUCAUGGAAGAGAGAAAUGGCUGGAUUCCCAGGCCACGGGCGGUGCUUUCAGUUAGUCAAUUUAUAUGGCGUUCAAGCAAUAUCACACACACGCCGCCGCAAUCCCUACGAGUAUUGGCAGCUUUUUGUUACUUCUCACAGAGUAGAGUACCUAAUAAAUCAGUCAUUUAGCAACAA